AUGCUUCUUUCCAAUGGUGGGCUCAACUGGAAGGCUGCAAGGGCACAGAUGCCCCAGAGCAGAGUGUUGCGCAACAACAUGACACGGUCUCGGUUGCUUCUCCUUCUGGGUUUGACUGGCAUCGUGAUGCUAUUAUACCGUAGUCUUCGAGCAGCACCUCCUGGACCACAGAAUGUUCGAUGCUGGGGCCCAAAUAAGUCACCCAUGGAAAUGACACCAAACGAACAUGCCUUGUGGAAUGCGCAUAUGCAAACACCGGUCCUUUUCAACCACCACAAGCCUCUUAAAGUUGAAUCUCCCUCAAUUCAACACGUCGAUUUGAACCCGAUCACUUCAAGCCCCCAAGCUAUCAUCCGGAACGAACGAAUCUUGAUUCUAACGCCACUGAAAGACGCCGCUCCCUUUUUGAAGAAUUACUUUAAGCUUAUCGCUGAGCUUACAUAUCCACAUCGCCUGAUCGAUCUUGCGUUUUUAGUAUCCGAUUCAAAGGAUGACACACUUGCCGUACUUGCUUCCGAAUUGGAUCACUUGCAGAAGCGAAAAGACGGGGUUCCGUUCAACAGCAUCACUAUUGUCGAGAAGAAUUUCCAUUUCCAUCUUAGCCAAGAUGCGAAGCAGAGACAUGGCUUUGAAGUACAAGCGCCGCGUCGUAGAGCUAUGGCUAAAGCGAGAAACUACCUGCUGGCCACAGCUCUGAAGCCGGAGCAUUCAUGGGUAUAUUGGCGUGAUGUUGAUAUUGAAGAGGCGCCCAAAAAGAUAUUGGAGGACUUCAUCGCUCACGACAGAGAUAUUCUUGUACCCAACAUUUGGUUCCAUAGAUUCGAGAAGGGGGUUGAUAUUGAGGGUCGAUUCGACUACAACUCGUGGAUAGAGUCGGACAAGGGUCGAAAAUUGGCCAAUAGUCUGCCAAAAGACACCAUCAUUGUAGAAGGCUACAAAGAGUUCGAUACGGGGCGUGAAUAUAUGUGCAGAAUGGGCGAUUGGCGGGAGAACAAGGACGUUGAACUUCAGCUCGAUGGUAUUGGCGGUGUCAACAUUCUCGUCAAGGCAGAUGUUCAUCGAUCAGGCAUCAACUUUCCAGCUUACGCUUUUGAGAACCAGGCCGAGACCGAAGGUUUUGCCAAGAUGGCCAAACGAGCCGGCUACCAAGUUAUCGGCCUUCCCAACUACAUUGUCUGGCACUAUGAUACACAAGAAAAGGGUGGCAACCUGUAA